UUCCAGAAGAUUGUUAGAUAAAUAAGUCUAAAGAAAUAGUUGGUCUAAUGCAGCAGCGUGUUUAUUGCAAUAAAAAGCGGGAGCCACACAUAGAGAAUAAGCAUGUGUGUGCCCCAGGAGGGGAAGAACAUACGCGAUAUGGUCCAUUUAUGUCAUUUCAGAGUCAUUUUUAUCAUCAUUUCUGAGUCCGCAUUGUGGGAUGGGAAUUUUUAAACAAGGUAGUUGUCAGAGAUAAUAAACUACAAUUCCCAGAAUGCAGCGGGCUGGUCUGCGACGUUUGGGGGAGUGCCACAUGGUGGUUGUCCUUAGUUUGAGAACCAACGGGUGGAUUUAACAGUCCUGUUUCUGAUAUCGGAUUCAGUGUCUGCCGUCAGAAGAUCUGAUUAUUGUGUGUUGUCUUCUCUUCAGUGUGCUUUCAGGAGAACCUACAGGGGUGCAGAGAAAUGAUGAUGUGCCCUGAAUGUAAAACAGAGGAUCCUACCUGUGGAGACAAGUGUGACCAUCAACAGAUUUAUGGGGAAGUUUUCGAGAAAGAUGCAAAAAACUUCUUGGAUGCCUUUGAGCUCCUUCAGAUUGAUAUGGAGUGGGAACACAUCAGGAACCAAUUCCCAGGGAAUGAGACUGGGUGUUCGAGAAACGUUCUAAGGAAGCAGAGAAACUGGGAAAAGAUAAUUUCCGCAAAGAAGAGGAAACGGAAACAUGAGAGAGAACGGCGAAGAGCCAGACUUGCCGAAGAAAAAGAACCAGCCCCCCAACUCAGUAAGCGUGACUUAAAAGAGAUCACAAGAGAACGCCUUCUGGGAGCCAAGGAAACAGGUCCUCUGCUGUGUGUUGACCUGAGUAUGACCAAUCACAUGACUAAAAAGGAAAUAAGCCGCCUUGCUGGUCAGAUAAGAAGGCUGUAUGGCUCCAACAAGAAAUCCCAGAAGCCCUUUUGGCUAUGCCUCACUGGGUUUGUGAAAAACAGUCUGAUUGCUGAAGAGUGCCUAAGGAUGAAUGAUGGAUUUAGCAAUUACCUUAUGGAUGUCACACCAGAAAGUUAUCUUGAUUUAUUUCCAUUAGAAACGAUUGUUUACCUCACUCCAGAUGCUGAGAAUGCUCUGGAGGAAGUCGAUCCACACAAAGUAUAUAUCCUUGGUGGGCUGGUAGAUGAAACCAUUCAAAAGCAAAAGACCUUCCAAAAUGCCCAGGAACAACAUCUACAGAUGGCACGGCUACCGAUUCCAGAGUACAUGGUAAAGAAAGUUAAUGCCAAAAACUAUUACUCGACAACUUUGGCAAUCAACCAAGUGUUUGAUGCCUUAUCAACAUAUUACGAGACCAAGAGCUGGGCAGAAGCCCUGAAAGCUGCAGUUUCUCCUGGGAAAGGAUACGUCCUUCAAGACACAACUUAGUAACAAAAGGAAUCUCUUAAGGGAAAAGUGUGGGAUUCUAUCUUCAGCAAUUUAGCCAACUUGCCUCUCUUUCCAUUUCUUAGAAGCUAUGCGGACCAAUCUAUUUGCUUGCUUCAGAAAAUCUGUAUUAGGAGAAGGGAUUAAAAUAUUCUAUUGAUUUCUUCAA